UCCUAAAAAAUGAAGUUUCCUAUUUGAAAAUUUAGAAAGAGGUUACAGUUUAACAAUGGCAGAAAUGGGACAGUGUACCCAGUAAUUGGAUCUUCAUAAUUUCAAACUCAGAUGUCAAGAAAGUGCUACCAUAGUCCUCAAUCUUCAUCUCUAUAAAAACCCAUUUCAUUUUUUGUAUAGUUUUCAUAAAUCCCUCCCCAAAAAAGCUAGUGCAAAGUUUUCAUCUUUCCUGGGACUCAAUGCUGUGUGACUUUGAAGUUCGCUUAUAUGUGGUAGUUCCUAUGGAAGAUAUAAAAAAAAGCGGGGAACUCCCUGGAAGUAUUGUCAUCAGACGUCUUUUUAGCCAGCUCACAUUUCUGAGGGCUACAGAAGAUUGUGGAUACUUUCUCAAAGUAACAAAAGUGAAGAGCGUAGGCAGUGGAAAGUUGUUAGACUCAUCAAAGUACAUCAUGUUCCCUGUAACCUUCCACAGUCGUACCUUCUUACCUAAAACCGGGGAAGUCUUGGUUGGUAUUGUCAUUGAGGUUUGCAGGCAUGGAGUCUUUCUGAAAUGUGGACCUAUGAACUCUAUUUAUCUCAGUGUUCGGAAGAUGCCAAAUUACAACUAUGUUUCAGGUGAAAACCCUUUCUUCAUAUGCAAUGAUCAGUCAAGGAUUGAGAACGAAGUUGCUGUCCGAUUUGUGGUUUAUGCUAUGAGAUGGAGUAGAACCCUUGUUAGGAAAUUCGAUGUUCUUGCAAGCAUCGACGGUGAUUCCCUUGGGCCAGUUUCACUGAAUGGAUUUGAUGGACUAGAGCUGUAAAAUUCUUAAUAGGAAAGGAAAAGAAAAUGCAUUGUUAGCAUAGUUUCUCUUACCAAAUCAAAAAUAGGAAACACAAGAAAAUUUGUAUAUGUUGGAUUACUUAUAGGAAGUGAAUGAGUUAUCAGUGAUAUUAUAACUGUAAAAAUUGUUGUGUUACAGCUUUUGCUAAGAAUGUAUUUGGAGAAAUGAAAAUGGCUGAGAUACAUAUUUAGAAUGUUACAAUUGGUGUUGGAGCUGAA